AUGAGAUUUGGAUGUAUUGUCAUCUUGGUAGCGGUAGCACACUGCACAACAACAACAACUCCUUCUAAAGAAGAGAGACCUGGAAGCGAAGACGAUGUCAUCACAAAUAAUGGUACCAAAAUUACUCGAGAUUCCCCACGCAUAGCUCACGAUCAGGGCUCUUUGAUGGCUACGUUCCCGGUUGUAUCUCGAAUUCGAUCCAAAAUAAAAUCGAAUACACUGCAAGCUCGACGACAGCAGACAACUGGUGUAGUCAGUGGGGUCAAUGACCAAAUGCAAAAACUGCUCAUCUCGCCCGAUCUCACGAGUAAUGCAAAUGGAGCUUUUGCAAGAACACCGUCGGGGACCGGCUCAAGUAUAUAUACCGUCUAUGGACCACAAACAACACUUACAGGAGAACCGUAUCUUAGCGGAUACCGUGGAAUCCCAGACACACACGAAUCAACAGCUGUACAACCAAAUUAUGUAGGAGCGUUGACAAAACCGAGUACAAGGAAGCAUACAUUCGGAAGCUAUGGAAGUAUUGAUAGCGUCAAGAGCCAAUCUUGGCAACAACCGGUCACAGAUCAAGGACAGUAUGGCAGCUCCGAUUACAAUUACGGACCACCUUCCUUUGAACAACCCAACACUUUCGCCACCUAUUCUUCUUAUAACGGAGAUUAUAACGGAUACAGUAUGCAAAAUCCGUAUGGGGCAGCUUAUCAGGGUGGUAGUGAUCAAAAUUACGAGCCCCUACAGCAGGAAACUUACGGGACCCCUUAUUCGGGCUAUGGAACAACUCGACAAUCAACUACUUCCACAUUAGGAAGUUCCUGGCCUUCUCAAAGCUAUGGAUCUUUCAAAAUGGAAAAUUGGCAGCCUCAAAUUCAAAUCAAACCAACCACCUGGCAACUAUCGCAGUAUGCAGGGAAUAAGGAUAACUACGAUCAGACAAACUCUGACUACAGUGGAUUGAAAGUAGAGCAAAUGCCUAUGAAUGGCUAUGGUAGUCAAGACUAUGGCUACGGUACUGGCAGUGGCUCAUCAUAUGGUACCGACUUGUUAGUUGGCUACAGUGGAGUAAAUACUCAGAUUGGUGGAUACACCUCUGGCUACAGUAAACCAAUGAGUUCGUACAAAACACACAACUAUGAAACACCAAUCUACGGUGGACAACAAGGUAGCACUUAUUACGGUAGUGACUACAUAGAUGACUACGGUAGCUUUAUUGACGGAUACCAGCAUGGAACAGGUUCUUCGCAAAUAUCCGGUCAAGAAUACAGUAAUCCUGGAUCCACUUCGGACUAUGGAUCAGGCUAUACUCCAAGCCAGACGUUCACUUCUGGUGGGAGCUCCUAUCAACCAACUGGGUACCAUAAUAGUGGAUAUCAAAACCCCUACUCAACUUUGGAUUUCACGGGAUACAAUAGCAACAAUGCAAACGAUGCCUAUCGAUCGAUAAGCAGACCUGGAGUAGAUUUUUUAAUGGCUGGUUACGGUGCACAGAAAGGAGCUGCCAGCGCAAAAUCCGCAAAAAAAUUGACAAAUAAUAUAACCCCAUCUAUGCUUGUUGAAGAUGGUUACAAGACGAAAAGUGCAUGA